GCGGGCGGCGGCGGCGGCGGCGGAGGCUGGGCGCUCGCUCGCUCGCUCACGGAGCGGGCGGGCGACGCGAUGUCGGGCGAGGACGGGGCGUGCCCGGGGGCGGCGGCGGCGGCGGCCCGCGAGCGGCGGCGGGAGCAGCUGCGGCAGUGGGGGGCGCGGGCGGGCGCCGAGCCGGGCCCGGGGGAGCGGCGCGUCCGCACCGUGCGCUUCGAGCGCGCCGCCGAGUUCCUGGCGGCCUGCGCGGGCGGCGACCUGGACGAGGCCCGCCUGAUGCUGCGCGCGGCCGACCCCGACCCCGGCGCCGAGCCCGACCCCGCCGCCCCGCCGCCCGCCCGCGCCGUGCUCGACUCCACCAACGCCGACGGCAUCAGCGCCCUGCACCAGGCCUGUAUCGACGAGAACCUGGAGGUGGUGCGCUUCCUGGUGGAGCAGGGCGCCACGGUGAACCAGGCGGACAACGAGGGCUGGACGCCCCUGCACGUGGCCGCCUCCUGCGGGUACCUGGACAUCGCCAGGUACCUCCUGAGCCACGGGGCCAACAUCGCCGCCGUCAACAGCGACGGGGACCUGCCGCUGGACCUGGCCGAGUCGGACGCCAUGGAGGGGCUCCUGAAGGCGGAGAUCGCCCGCCGAGGUGUGGAUGUGGAGGCAGCCAAACGAGCCGAGGAGGAAUUGCUACUUCACGACACAAGGUGCUGGCUGAACGGAGGUGCCAUGCCUGAGGCCCGGCACCCCCGCACAGGGGCCUCCGCUCUGCAUGUGGCCGCCGCUAAGGGCUACAUCGAAGUGAUGAGGCUGCUCCUCCAGGCUGGCUAUGACCCCGAGCUCCGGGAUGGGGACGGCUGGACCCCCCUGCACGCGGCGGCCCACUGGGGCGUGGAGGACGCCUGCCGCCUGCUGGCGGAGCACGGUGGGGGCAUGGACUCGCUGACCCAUGCGGGGCAGCGGCCCUGUGACCUGGCCGACGAGGAGGUGCUGAGCCUGCUGGAGGAGCUGGCCCAGAAGCAGGAGGACCUGCGGAACCAGAAGGCAGCCUCCCAGAGCCGGGCCCCGGAGCCGCAGGCGCCCUCCAGCAGCAAACACCGAAGGAGCUCCGUGUGCCGUCUGAGCAGCCGAGAGAAGAUCUCCCUCCAGGACUUGUCCAAGGAGCGCCGGCCGGCGGGGGCAGGGGGAACCCCCAUCCGGGAUGAUGACGACGACAGAGAGGAGGGCCCCACAGAGCCGCCCCCUGCAGAAACCAGAACCCUCAAUGGCGUGUCCUCCCCGCCACCCCCCAGCCCUAAAGGCCCCACGACCUCCGAGGAGGUCCCCUUCUCCAGGCGCUUUGGCCUCCAGAAGACGGGGAGCUCAGGUGCCCUGGGCCCUGCAGACAGACAGGGGGCGGAGGGUGCCCCUGGGGCUGGGCUGCAGCGCUCAGCUUCCUCCUCGCUGCUGGAAGGGACCGCCACUCAGGCCAAGGAGCCCCGUCUUGCCAGAAUUACCCCCACUCCCUCCCGGAAGGUGCCAGAGCCCUCUGCCCCGAUCCCGCAGCCUGAAUCCCCAGGGAAGCCAGCUGUCCCUGCCGCCUCCACAGCGCCCCCCGUGGACUCGCGGGACCGCCGGAGGUCCUACCAGAUGCCUGUGCGCGACGAGGAGUCAGAAUCCCAGCGCAAAGCUCGCUCUCGCCUCAUGCGCCAGUCUCGGAGGUCCACACAGGGCGUGACUCUGACAGACCUGAAGGAAGCAGAGAAGGUGGCAGGGAAGGCCCCAGAGCCGGAGAAGUCAUGCCCACAGAGCCCGGACCCUUCCUGGCAGCCCCGAGUCCCUGGGGCUGAGAAUUCCGAUGGCCCCGCCCAGAGAGUAGAGGCGCCUGACGGGCAGGGACACGGACUGCAGGCCUCCCGGGAGCACCGCAGAGCUGGCAAGGAGAGGAGAGGGCCUGCGGAGGGGGAGGAGGCGAAGCCCUCGGACAUCAGCCCAGAAUCCAGCACUCCCAAGGCCAGCCCUUCCCCCCGGAGGCCGCGGGCCCUGAACCCAGAACCCCAGCCCGGAUCGGAGCAGCCCGAGGGCGGCUUCAGGAAGCUCUACGCAGAGCUGCGCGUUGAGAACGAGAGACUUCGUGAGGCCCUGACCGAGACCACGCUGCGGCUGGCGCAGUUCAAGGUGGAGCUGGAGCGCGCCACGCAGAGGCAGGAGCGCUUUGCAGAGAGGCCGGCCCUCCUGGAGCUGGAGAGAUUCGAGCGCAGGGCCCUGGAGCGCAAGGCCGCGGAGCUGGAGGAGGAGCUGAAGGGCCUGUCCAACCUCCGGGCUGACAACCAGCGCCUCAAGGACGAGAACGCGGCCCUGAUCCGCGUCAUCAGCAAACUGUCCAAGUGACCCCGGAGGACUCGCCCCUGCACCCGCAUUUAUACAGCUGCUUCUGCCACACGCACCCCUUCCCUGUGUGAACACGAGUGACAGGGCUGCCGGGAGUCUGAGAAGCCAUAACCUCCCCUCGGGACCUCCAGGCUGGGAGGGGAGGACGGAGCCCCCAGGAGCCAGGGGGGCCCUCUGAGGCCAGGAUGGAGACGGAGCUGAGCCAGGUAGGGGACCAGGGCUGCAGGCAGGACCAGGAAGGAACCGAGGACCAGGAAGUGCCAGGACCAGUAGCCAGGACCAGAGUGGCCACCCGGAGGUCCCCUCUCACGUGUGCUGCCACGUCACCCCUCCCGCCCCGAGCAGGGAUCCGAGAAUGUGCCAAGCGCCCGCCGGCCUGGGCCGGGUGGGCCUGUAUAUAGGGUCCGUGUGCAAUAGGGAGGGCGUCUUCUAUUUUUUGCUGCCCCCCCCCCGGCGCUGUCCGGGGAGGGGGAGAAGGUAUUUUCGAGACAUAGCACAGGCACCACAAAUAAAGGUCGUGAAGUUGCCACUCA